AUGGAACGAACUCCACUAACUGCUAUAACUGUUUCCUGGAAUACUCCAAGAGUUAAUUCUAAUACAUCUGUCACAAAAGGUUAUGGUCCCAAAUAUACCGCUAAUCCCAUCUUAACUGGCCUUGAUGACGAACUUUGUACAGUUACCAUUAAACAAAUUGGUGUACAU